AUGAGCACGGAAUCUGAAUUACAGGCUAAAUAUAGUGAUGCCGUUAAGCGCUGGGAGGCUGCCAAGGAGGCCACUGUAGCUUCCAGGGUCAAAAAGGAUGAGAAAGAGGGGCUAGCGAAUGAAAAACCAUGGGGAAGCAGGGAAUGGUAUCUUGCUAAGGCGGAAUGCAGCAAAGUAUGUAUUGACUGGGAGGAAAAAAGAGAACAAGAAUAUUCGGCUGAGCAUAAAAUGUGUGAGGUCGCAGCAAACUUAAUGAUCCACGAGCACGGAGGUGAUUCUAAGGAAGUACAGAUCGCUAUGGGGCGCAGAGAGCUAACCAGUAUGAAGGAGUUUGUAUAUUCUUCCUUUUUCCCAUAUUGGACAGCGUGGGCCAAGUUAAACCAUAAAGCUCGUAUGCUUUACUGGCAACUCAAUGCCAAAGGCUGUGUUGCAGCUGCAGAUGAUAUUGAUAGGGCAAAGGAUGAUUUUCUUUAUCGUAUAGCAAACGAAUCUAAUGGUUCCGGCUUUCGCGAAGCUUGGAAUGCGGCCGUUAAAGCUCUGGAUAAAUGGGAAAAACAAAAUGACUGUACCGAUUGGGAUGAGACCAAAUCAAAGUACGAUGCCGAAUUGGAAAAGUGGAAAGAGUUUCAACCGAAAGGGGAGGAGUAUGCACUUAUU